AUGAAGAAAAUGAAUGGUUUUAAAGUGAUCCGGAAUUUGCUGUCAUGUAUUCCAGGAGUUUUACUUCUGGCAAUUGGAGUUUAUCUUAUAAUCUUUAAGUCUCAUGUAGAUUUUGUAACCAAAUUAGUACGUGAGGAUGCUGAAUUAGUAGAUGGAAAAUUUGGAUACAAAAUUUGGAAAAGAAAUGAAUUAUUUUUUAAAUUAUAUCUAUUUCAUGUCACUAAUCCUGAUGAAGUGAUGCAAGGUGCAACGCCAAUCCUUGAAGAACGUGGACCAUUCGUCUAUGACUUAAUCAUAGACAAGCGAAUACUCAACAUUGAUGAAGAAAAAGAUGAGAUAGCUUUUACUCUAGUUAAAACUUACUAUUUUAACAAAAAAGCAUCUGGGAGCAACUCUCCAGAUGAUAAAGUUGUCCUAUUGAAUAGUCCUUACGUUGGGAUUAUGAAUACUUUAAAAGCAAAAGCUGCUAUGAUGUUACCCAAAUUAGGGAAUCAAAUCCAAAAUCUCUUUCCCAAAUUCCGUGACAUAUUUUUACGUGUACAAGUGAAGGAUUUAUUGUUUGAAGGACUUCCACUAUCUUGUGAUAAAGAUAAGUUUCCUGAUCUUGGUAUGAUCUGCACUUUCUUGAAAAUGCAAAGACCGCCCAUGAUAAAAACUACCGAUCGGGACGGAUAUUAUACCUACAGUCUUUUUGGAGCGCUUAACGGUACCGAACAAGGCCCCUUUACUGUUAACAGAGGAGUAAAAAAUAAAGAUGCAUUAGGCAAUACGACAUCUUAUAAAAAUAUUAGAGUAGGAAAAUUUUGGAAUGAAAAAGAGUGCAAUAUUGUUUCUGGUACUGAUUCAAUUACAUGGGCUCCAAUGGAAGAAAAAUGGCCUUUCGUUACCGUAUAUGAACCUACUUUAUGUCGAUCAAUAGAGACUAUGUAUAAACGAGAUGAAAUUUAUCACGGAUUAAUAGGCCAUCGAUAUGAAAUGGAUGAUUCCGUUUGGUCUGAAGACAAAAUCAAAUGCUACUGUCCACUUGGACCAAAAAAAGCAUUAAAAUGUCUACCAACUGGUCUUUUAGAUAUCUCAAAGUGUCAGGACGCCGAGGCAAUAUAUUCAGAACCACAUUUUCUCCAUGGAGAUCCAGAUCUUCUUGAUUAUGCGAAAGGUUUGACGCCCAAUAUAGAAGCUCACGCAACUUAUAUUGUUAUCGAACCUCUUACUGGAGCUCCUUUGAGUGGGUCGAAGAAAUUGCAACUUAGUGUUCGAAUCGCUCCAAAUACUGCAGUUACCGUUUUAUCUAACCUUACGGAGGGUUUUUGUCCCUUUCUUUGGGCCGAAGAGGUACUUUUCAGUACAAUAUCAUUUACCGCUUUGGAUGUUCUCUCAGAAGCUUCCAGAGUUAGACAUAGUUAUUUCAAACCUUUUAAAGGCACGAGUGAAGCAAGAUUAGAAUUACUCGCUCCUGUUAUUAGAGCUCAUCGAUUUUUAUACUUUUGUCGAUAUCUCUCAUGGAUUCCAAUCAUUCUUGGUACUUUUUACAUGUUAUAUAUUGGCAUAUAUCAGUUUACAGCCGAGGAUAACAAAACCGGUCAUGUCAAAAUGGCUCAAAAGAAUCCAUCUCCAAAUCAACAACUUGUUAAACAAGCCGUGAAUCGUCGUAAUCACGCGUUUAACUGA